AUGAAGAACGGGGGUACUCAAGACUUGGAUGACGACUACCAGGCAACUUGGGUCUACGAGCAGAAUGGGCCUGGUUCCGUUGCCAUCGAUCUAUUCCGCAAGAGCGACAAGAUUUACAAUCGUUUCGAGGUUUCCAACUGCCAGUUGGCUAGUAUUGGUGGGACGCAGUGCGCUCCUGCUGACGGAGGCUGUGACUUGAAGUUGAUCCUCACUGAGGCUCAGGGUUAG